AUGUCCAAGGUAUAUUUUACGCUUCGUUUACGGAUUCGUCGAGCAGAUAAAAUUGCACAUGAUAGUAUCCAUCUUGGCUCAUAUACCACCUAUAUUAAUAAUGUUAUCACAGAGUGUCGUCUUCGCUGGUUAGAGCAUAUUCUCCGCCGUCCAUCACCAAAGUUGACGCAUAUUUCAUUGGUUGCUAAACCCUAUGAUGGUUGGUAUCAAAAGCAAGAAGGAUUAGUCAAGGCCUGA